AUGAGCCUGAGCCCUAGUGGCAGCGGUGCCAACGCGCCAAGUUACGCCGGUCAUGCCGGUCACCCAGGCCACCCAAGCCUUGCCAACCAUGCCAUCCACCCUAACCAGGGCAGCCUCGAUCCCACCAACACCCACGUGUACAGGGAGGCGCUCCCCGGAAGAACCCCCCUCAAUGCGGAUCUGGACAGUAAAAAAAAGGAGGAGCAGUUUAAGAGUAUUACCCACUUUGCCAAGUACCUCUUCUUCAUCGCGAAAAAAAUUGCCUACGAGGAUAACCACGGGUUCAGAGGAACCACCACGCACCAAAAUACAAACGACGAAUUGAAGAAGGCACUUGUGAAACACCUGAUCUAUAAGCUGAACAAAAUUCUCUCCUCACUCAUAAACUUCAACGUCCUCCAAUACAAUGAAAACGUUAAUGUAAAACAGGAGGUGGAAUACCUGUGUCUAAAAAACAGUAACAUCACUCUUAACAAGAUAAGAUUAAUGUUAAGCAAAUUGGAAAACAGUGGGACCAACUACAGAUACGUCUUGUAUAUCCUGUUGAAGCUGCAUAGCUUCGAUGAACAGAAUGGUGUGCAGGGUUCCUCUGUAUUUGUCGGUCAGGCCUCCCCCCCAGGUGGGGACAACCCUUCCGUAGCAAAUGCCGUGAGAAAUGUGAACCCCUCUCAGGGGACAAUACAACCUGAGAGACGCGAAAACGGCUCCCCCCCCGAGGGAGACAGUCAUAGGUAUGCCCACAACAGGGUACCUACAAACGUGGGUGUAAGUCAAAGAAAGGAAGACCCCUACAAGGAGGAACAGGGAUCCAAGUUGGUAGACACAAACGGGGGGAGGCUGCAACAGCAAAGUGGGCAUGAUGGGAAGAGGUACUUCCAGGCCACACAGGAUCGGAACAGGCACCUCCAACCCACCCCCCCAGAGGGACAACCGCACAAUCAACGCACGCAAGAUGGAGGCCAGUUCAGGCUGUCCAUUCAGGGACAACCCGGUCGGAGUGACCCCCGUAGUGACCCCCCUCGUGACCCCCUCUGCGAAAAAAACUUCAUAAACAAGAGCCUCUACGCAACGAUCAUUCUAAACAACAAAUUUAACAACCUAGACGUGGAGGAAACCCUACUCAUGAAGGAUCUGAUCUACCCCCUGCAAGGAAUGAGUGGCCAGUACAUAAAGUAUGACAAGGCAGACCGUUGCUUCUAUGUCUGCAACCGGAAAGUCAGUAUCGGUAUGCACCACCUGGUGAACAAUAUAAGUAGUGUGGGUCUACACUUCCGACGGAUUAAGAAGAUUGUUGGCGUUUCCGCUUCAGAGGGAGGUGCCACAGGGGAGGACGCUCACAGUGAUGCAGACGAUUGGGGGGACCUCACCGAUGGGGGGGACAACAACCACCACCACGAUCCAGACGAAAGGCGCCAUUCUAACCAACCCCGCAGGAAAGGCAGUCUAGUCAUCGACGCGCUGCACCAAAUAGUACGCGAAUACAUCAACGAAUAUUACAAGCUACUCUCCUACCUUGAAAGUGACAUAAACGAACACAUCCAUAAAAAUACAGUCUACGUCGGGGUUAAGAAAUUACAGCUGCGUCUGCAAGAAUCGUAUAAGAUAAUGCGGGUUCUAACAAACGUCGUGGAUGAGUCCCGCAGAAGCACCGGUUGCAACUUUCUCUCCUUCCUCUACUCAAAGUCCCAAACGUACGAUUAUGAAGAGCAGAAAAUAUACCGAGCAAUUCUACAGAGGUGUCUAAAGCCAAUAAACGCUAUUCUAAAACAAUGGGUAGAUAACGGUACGUUGAAGGAUAAGUACCACGAAACGUUCAUCUCGACGAAUAAGAACGUCCCAUCGGAGAAGGUAUGGUGUUACAAAUUCUGCCUGAACAGCAAUAACAUUCCUCUUUUUUUAAGUGUCAGUACGGCGAAACGGAUUCUCCUGACUGGGAAAAGCGUGCACCUGCUGAACACCUUCGGGGGGGAAGGCACCCACUUCGACGAACCAACCGGGAAGACGAAUCCACACCAACAGUCGGAAAGGAACCAGUCGGCCAACCAACUUCCCCACAGAAUGGAUCUGCACAAUAUGCCGACAGAUGAAUCACCCCCGCCAGGCGAAGUGGACGUAUUUUCCAUUCGUGAUGUGAACACCUACGUGGAAAACAUCGAUCGGUAUGUAAAGAAGCUUUGCAUGCGAAAGAACAAGCGGCUGAUUGCCAUGCUGGUGAACAAAUACGGGCUGUAUGAGCACUUCAAGGCGUUCCGGCACUUCCUCCUUCUCGUGGAUGGAGAUUUCUUCGAAACGAUAUUCGAUAACAUGAAAACGGACCUAUACAUGGAUGCAGAGGAGCUCAAACGGCACUACCUAAACAGUAAGUUGGACCUCUGCAUAAAGUCCUCCUCCUUAUUCACCUCCAAUCAGAGAAUUCUUAACAAAUUAAUACUUGAUAAGUUCCAAGUAAAGAGAGGAGACAUCGGGUGGGACGUCCUCGUCUUUGACUUCCUAGUCGAAAAACCGUUAGACAUUAUUUUCACGCAAAGAGUGAGGAGCAUCUACAAGACCAUUAAUGUUCUCCUAAUAAAGCUAAAAAAAAUACACUACGAAUUGGCAAACAUCUGGUAUCUAUUCACCCACUUAUUUAAAAUUAUGAGCGUAGUUUGUUACAACAAUGUGUUCAUUUAUUGCAAUAUAAUGCGGAAUGAGAUGUUCCACUUCAUCCAGAACCUACUCUCCUACUUCUACUACGACGUCAUCGAUAUGAACUGGAGGGAAUUCAAGAACGUCAUAUUCAACUGCAAUGACUUGGACCGACUAAUACAUGAGCACUACCAGUAUAUAAGUCAGAUACAGUUCGACCUCUUUCUUGGGAACACCGUGGAUGGUGGGGGGGUACAAAAUCAUCCUAUCCCCCCCUCGUCUGUAUCUUCUUCGACUUCAUCGAUCCUUUCAGAUGUGGACUCCACUUCGGAUGGCUACUUGAACAGCUCGUUCGGAUCCCCACCCCCUGGAGGUGCAACUGACUUUGUCUAUGCGCCUUCACAUUUGGGUGAACCAUCUGGCAAGUUCGUUCCCCUUCCUGGGGGAAUUCCCCACCCGUCUAGCAAAAACGCCGAAGCGAGUUAUUACACAGAUGCAGUUCCCCAGACGGGUUCAACAAACAAUAGAACCCACAACGUGGAUAGCGAAACGCAUCUCUGCAUGUAUAGAAUCCUGGAUAUCAUAACUCGCUUUAUCAAUCUCACCAGUGCGCUCAUCUCUUCCGUCUGUGAAGGCUACUCAGAGAUAAAACAACUCACAGAUACCAAGAAGGAUGACAGAACCCAUACAGACAACGACAUUGACUACGUCAACAAUUUUAUUAACACUAAGAUCAUUGGAGAGAAGACCAUUCGGGACCUUAAGGUCCUCCUCAAAUAUUACAGAAACUACAUCUACAAGUUUAUUUGUCUCCUCCUAAGUGACAACAAGUCCCUCUGUGCACACUCCCGUGUCUCCAAACGGGACAAACUAAACUCCCACCGCCUCCUCGCCGCCCGCCUCGAUUUCAACCUCUACUACGUCAACAUUUCCAAACUCAUGGAUGGCGCCUCCCCCAAGCUGAACAUCUCCAACCAGAUUAAGAUGAUCAACCGGGGGCAGCCCACUAAGCCGCAAAUCGGAUAA